GGACAGCCACUUGUUUGAAAUGAAGAAGACAAUGCUCUCAAGCUGGGUGAUGUUGCUUACUUGGAUGGUUUUCCUGAAAGAGUUUUCCGUAGCGCAGGAUUCGGCUCUAGAAGAAGCCUGGAGAGACUGGAAGAAGACCUAUGAGAAAGUGUACACUGAUGAGGAAGAGGCCUCCCGGAGAGCCACAUGGGAGAAGAAUCUGCAGAUGGUUGAGCAGCACAACCGUGAGGCCGAUGAGGGAAAACACACCUUUUGGGUGAACAUGAACCAGUUUAGUGAUUUGACCGAUGAAGAAUUGAAACACAUGAUGGGAGGUCUUCUUCCUGAGACAGUUGAUCCUGACAAUGCUUCUCAAGGCUUUCCCCAAGCACCAGACAUUCAGCAGACACCCAAGCCCAAGAAAUGUCAUCAGAGACGUUAUGGCACUUCAAGAAAAGACCAGGACAGGACAAGGCUCUUGGUGCUCCUCUCCAACAACUAAGAAUCAGAAGCAGAGCUUGAAGUCUUAUCUUUUACUGAAAAUUGGAAAGCUCUUCUCAUAAAAGAACAAGUUGACAAAGACUUGAUGGCAUGUAAUCAAUUUUAAAAAAUCAUUAGUUAA